GAGGCACUCAAGUGGCGGGCUGAAAGUGGUGAUGCGGUCGGUGCGCUUUCUCCCCGCCAGGGGGGCCCUUUGACGGGAGCCACAACGAAGUUCUGGGAGCACGCUGAGACGGGAGGGAAAAGCUGCUUCCGGCCGCCUGCGCCGAAGUCUUCGCGAAGGGCGUGAGAUCUGAAUGAGACACUGGAGCCCAGAAGAGAGCUUGGCUGAGGAUGAAGCCCAAACAGAGCAAGAAAAAUGCAGAGAGGGACUCUGCCUUCAAAGACCAAUGUCCGAGGGAGGAGACUUGCCAGUGGACAUAUCCAGAAGGAGGAGAGAGAACAGCCCAUCUUCACGACGCGAGCGCACGUGUUCCAGAUCGACCCCAGCACCAAGAAGAACUGGGUGCCUGCGAGCAAGCAGGCAGUCACCGUUUCCUACUUCUACGAUGUCACGAGGAACAGCUAUCGGAUCAUCAGUGUGGAUGGAGCCAAGGUGAUCAUCAACAGCACAAUCACGCCGAAUAUGACUUUCACCAAAACGUCGCAGAAGUUCGGGCAGUGGGCUGACAGCAGAGCCAACACGGUGUUUGGUUUGGGAUUUUCCUCUGAGCAGCAGCUGACAAAGUUUGCAGAGAAAUUCCAGGAGGUGAAAGAAGCUGCCAAACUAGCCAGAGAUAAGUCUCAGGAGAAAAUCGAGACCUCGAGUAACCAUUCCCAAGAAUCUGGGUAUGAAACCACAUCUUCUACUCAGGCAUCCAGUGUCAAUGGGACAGAUGAUGAAAAGGCAUCUCAUGCGGGUCCAGCCGACGCACACCUCAAGUCCGAGAAUGACAAGCUGAAGAUCGCUUUGACACAGAGCGCUGCCAACGUGAAGAAAUGGGAGAUUGAGCUGCAGACACUACGGGAGAGUAAUGCCCGGCUGACCACAGCGCUGCAGGAGUCGGCGGCCAGCGUGGAGCAGUGGAAGAGGCAGUUCUCCAUCUGCCGCGAUGAGAACGACCGACUGCGCAGCAAGAUUGAUGAGCUAGAAGAACAAUGCAGUGAGAUCAACAGAGAGAAGGAGAAAAACACCCAGCUGAAGAGGAGAAUUGAGGAACUGGAGUCAGAACUCCGAGAAAAGGAGACGGAACUGAAAGAUCUCCGAAAACAAAGUGAAAUCAUACCUCAACUCAUGUCAGAGUGUGAAUAUGUCUCUGAGAAGUUGGAGGCGGCUGAGAGAGACAAUCAAAACCUUGAAGACAAAGUGCAAUCUCUAAAGACGGACAUUGAGGAGAGUAAAUACCGACAGCGCCACCUAAAGGUGGAAUUGAAGAGCUUCCUAGAAGUGCUGGAUGGAAAGAUCGAUGACCUCCAUGACUUCCGCCGAGGCCUCUCCAAGCUGGGCGCAGACAACUAGAGCUCGGCUGAGCCUGGCCUGCUUGUGAGUCCCAAGUAUGUGCGUGAGCUGAAUUAGGACUAGAAUGUUCUCCUGUUUGAGUUGCUUCUGUAAAUGCAGGUGCAAUUUGUCGUGUUUCCAAACCAAUUGUGCCGUCCACUCACUCCUCUCCAGAAUAGAAAUCUCCUCUCGCUUCUCUGGCCUUGUGAGGUUAUGGACAACUGGGAGAUUCUGACUCAGGAAUCCAGAACUAGGUCUACCUUAAAUGUUUACGUAGUCAGGGCAGGGAUGUUUAUAUCUUUCUUAAGGGCUGUUGCAACCAUAUGAACUGAAAAAAAGUAUUUUCUAGUCCAAAUAUCAAUAUCCCUGUUUUGAAAAAUGUUCAGAGUUUUCGGAAGUCCACCAGGCCCCAGUCCAUGGGGCCAUGGAGGGAACAACUUUUCUCUCAGUAAACACUGAGAUACUUUAAAACAACUGUUUUGUAGAGACUUAUCCAGAGGAAGAGCAAGUUUCUGGAGGGUGCAUUUCGUGGCAUGGGAGUCACCUGUAUCCACUGUCCACCCUCCCCACCCCCCAGUUUGUACGGUUGCGACAAUGUUCCUUUUCUUGGUUUUAUUUCUGAGCAGAUGAUUGUGCUAUGGGGAUAGCCCUCAGGGAGGGAACUGGGCACAGUGCCUGGCACAAAGUAGGU